UAAUUUGUAACACUACACAAGAAAUUCGACGAUGGAGCCAUCUAACGGUACUCGGAUUAAGAUCGAAGAUCUUGCCGCAUUCUUCCGUAUGAUUUUUAAGGAGGAGUCUCUCCCUUCGCUCGGACCAUACCGUCGCUACGGGGCCUCGAUCGUUCUAACGCACUCACCGUGCCAUUUUCUACCACAUGGAAUAUUCUUUCUCUGGUGGUGGUCACCAGCUGGUGAUUGUAACGACACGACCAGUCGAAGGGUAACGUAUACAUGUUGGUUUUGGAUUCCGCUUUUGGCGGUUUCAAACGGCGGCCCCGAAAAGAACACGUCCUCGAAGAUGCGUCCUACCGAUAAUAUGAGUAUCCUCAGGGGUUCUUCGUCGAAGUCGACGUAUGUCUCUUCUCUAAUUAUAAGAAAAAUCGGGAAACAAAGCUGUACCAUCAAAAAGCAUACAAGCGUCAUCGUUCUGAAACAUAAACAGGUAGGUAACCCUCAAGCAUGGAAAUUUCUGAGGGCCGAGCAAUCGGCCAUCUUGUCGGUGAAUUAUUUAUCUCGAUAGUUGACAGAGGGGAUGAAGAAGCCCCUCGAUGGAAGAGGAUGCGCUACUCGGACAUGGUUCUGAGCACGUACACCGUAUUCACCGACGAUGAUCACGUUUCUUUCGUUUUCGAAUCGACGGUAUAUCGUUCGUUGGAAAUCCUGUUACCGGACAUCGCUGUUUGCAUCUUUUAUAACCAGCUCGAUGUACCCACAAACGCGUAUUCGAUUCCAGACGACAGAUUCCAAUCGUAGAAGCUUUUUUUUUUCUUUCGUUUUCUCUCUCUUUCUCUUUUCACGAUAUCUAAUUAACUAUA